AUGAGCUUUCCAGGAAUGACUCCGCCCGUCGGCGGCAUGGGAGGUGGCAUGGGAGGCAAUAACAUGCAAGGAAUGAGCGAGCAGGAGCAAGCGAUGGUGAAAAUGAUGACCGGCGCAAUGGAAUCGUGUCCCGUCAAGACCGUCAUGGCAGGAGGUAUGGGUUUCGCCCUUGGUGGUGCUUUUGGUCUUUUCAUGGCUAGUAUGUCCUACGAUUCCUCGUUCACCCCGCAAGGCCGCGCGAUUGCCGAUCUCCCCUGGAAGGAACAAGUCCGUCGCGGAUUCAAGGACAUGGGUUCUCGUUCGUUCUCGUCGGCCAAGAACUUUGGUAUUGUCGGUGCCUUGUACUCCGGUACGGAGUGCUGCAUUGAGGGUCUCCGCGCGAAGAACGAUCUCACAAACAGUGUCGCCGCGGGAUGUAUCACUGGUGGAAUCCUGGGCGCGAAUGCUGGUCCUCAGGCUGCGGCCGUGGGCUGUGCUGGCUUUGCGGCCUUCAGUGCGGCUAUCGAUGCCUAUAUGAGAAUGCCCGGGGAGUCCGAUUAA